CCCACCCCGGGCCGGGCGCUCGGGAGAGACAGUCGCGCUUGGAGCCUAGUGCAGCUCCUAGCCCCUGACAUCGGGCUCACCCCAAGCAUCCUUCCUGGGGGGCUGCGGAAAGUGGAGCUACUCUGUCGUUCCGAGGACCUGGGAGGAGUACUGGGUACCCCUGGGGCUGAGCCCUUGGGGGCGCACACUCAGCCAAGCCGGACCUUGCUUUUUCCGAAGGGCCCCUGCCCGCAUCUGGGGCGAGAUGGCCGCAGGCGUCCGGGCGUCUGAGUCCUGGGUUCUCGUCUGCUUCGGAGCGCUACUGGCCCGCUGGGUCGCCACAGGAUUGGAGGCUGGCAUCAUUGGAGAAAUUCACGAGAACAUCACCCUGCACUGUGGCAACAUCUCGGGACCGAGGGGCCUCGUGACCUGGUGCCGCAAUGACUCGGGGUCCGUCUUCCUCUUGUCCUCCAAUUCCAGCCUCCCACCAGCCCAGUCGCGCUUCUCUCUGGUGAAUGCCAGCUCCCUGCACAUCGAGGCGCUGAACCUGCAGGAUGAGGGGAACUACACCUGCUCUGAGGUCCUGAACAAGACUGAGACCCGGAGGUUCCAAGUGUGGCUGCAGGUGGCCAACGGCCCCUCACAGGUUGAGGUCAACAUCUCCAGCACUGGCAGGCUCCCCAACGGCACCCGCUACGCCGCCAAGGGCUCCCAGGUGGACUUCAGCUGCAGCAGCAGAUCCCGGCCUCCACCUGUGGUUGAGUGGUGGUUCCAGGCCCCAGAUUCCACCGCCGAACUCUUUGGGAACAACCUGACCGCCAGCUGCUUCACGCUGUUACUAAUGUCACAGAACUUGCAAGGGAACUACACCUGUUUGGCCAAAAACGUGCUCAGCGGGAGACAUCGAAAGGUGACCACCGAGCUCCUGGUCUACUCUCCCCCUCCGUCAGCCCCCCAGUGCUGGGCAGAGGUGUCACCAGGAUUGUUCUCACUGCAGCUCAACUGUCGCUGGGCGGGGGGAUACCCAGAGCCGGACUUCCUGUGGACAGAAGAGCCAGGAGGUGUGGUCGUGGGGACAUCGAAGCUGGGGGUGGAGAUGCUGAGCCAGUCCCAGCUGUCAGAUGGCAAGAAGUUCAAGUGUGUCGGGAGCCACAUAGUGGGGCCGGAGUUGGGAGCCAGCUGUGUGGUACAGAUCAGGAGCCCCUCCCUUCUCUCUGAGCCCAUGAAGACUUGCUUCGUGGGGGGCAAUGUGACGCUUACCUGCCAGGUGUCUGGAGCCUACCCCCCUGCCAAGAUCCUGUGGCUGAGGAACCUCACCCAGCCUGAGGUGGUCAUCCAGCCCAGCAGCCACCACCUCAUCACCCAGAGUGGCCAGAGCUCCACCCUCACUAUUCGCAACUGCUCCCAGGACCGGGACGAGGGCUACUACGUCUGCCGGGCUGAGAACGCCGUGGGGGUGAGGGAGGUGGACGUCUGGCUGAGCGUGAAAGAACCUUUAAACAUCGGGGGAAUUGUGGCCACCGUCGUGAGCCUCCUUCUGCUGGGACUGGCCAUUAUCGCCGGGCUCCUGUUGUAUUACAGCCCCGUGUUCUGCUGGAAUGGAAGCACUUUAAGGAGGCAAGACAUGGGCGAUGUCAUGGUUUUGGUGGAUUCGGAAGAGGAAGAGAUGGAGGAGGAAGAAGACGCUGCAGAAGAGGAAGAGGAGGAAGCUAGUGAGAGGGAGGAGUCGCCAAUAGAAAUAACCAAGUAUGGCCACAUUCACAGAGUGACUGCGCUGGUGAACGGGAACGUGGACCAGAUGGGCAAUGGACUGGAGGCUCUGCAGGAUGACAGCAGUGAGCAGCAGAGUGACAUCAUUCAAGAAGAAGACAGGCCAGUGUGAAGAAGACAACUGUCCUUUGAUAUCUCGUCUCAAAAGCUUGGAAAGCUGUGUUCAAGAUGAAUUUCAUAUUCUGCUUUACUUGAUUUGCACCCCUGCCUGAGGGCUGCAAAGGGUUUGGAGGUUCUCAGCAAAAUAGGAAAACACAUACAUCUUUCCUACCCCCCCUCUUUUUUUUUUCUAAAUUGGUUUGAUUUACUGUAACUUUUCUCAGUGAUGGUGAAAAGCUUUUGGGAAUGGGUAGUGUAUGUGGGGAAAGCUCCAUUUGGGCUUUCUCCAGGUUGACUGAUGCUGAGAUGGGGAGCAGGAGUGGGGGGAGGCAGUAGGCCUCGCUGUCCUUUGUCACUAUUAAAGGUCUGUAACUAGCCCGUCCUAGUACAGAAGGUAACAGUAUGGGGUGAUAAGGACAUUUCCUUUCUCACUGCCUAGGUGAGCUGAGGAACCAGGUGAACAUCAGCUCUCUGGAAAGGUGAAGAGGUGCCAGCUACUGCUGUUAAUCAGAGGGAGGCAGUUUGCUUUGGGAUUUGAGUUCCAAACACCCAGGCUUCAAUCUGGACCCGGCUCCUUGCCUGUUUCAUGGGUUUGGGCAGGUAGCUUUACCUUUUCCCUGAGCCUCAAUUUCCUCACCUGUGAAAUGGGUGAAAUCACACUUACUUUACAUCUCCUUUGCCUUCUCUAGUGGAAGAAAAAAAGAUGUCAGCUGUUCAGUUACAAACUGCUGCCUGGGCCUUUCAUUCUCUGUAGAAUGGUUCCAGACCAGGGCAUCAUCAGAGCUCUCCUGUGGAUUUUUGCUCUCCUAGAGAUGAAAUUCCUUUCAAAAGAGAUAGGGAGCGAUAAGAGGAAGUGCCUUUCACCAGAACCUCACAUAUGUCAGAGCUUCAUAUUUAUAGAAAAGCCUCUUAGGUGAUGCACUAUUAACUUUGACUUUCCCACCCUUCCUUUCUCCUGUGGCUUUGAAAAAGGCAGGAGGAAUGUUUUGUAACAUAGUAGACCUGUGGCCUCAGUUUCUUCAUCUCAGAAAUGGGAUUGGGAAAACAUAUUUCCUUCCUAAGGAUGUUAUGAGGAUACGCUGCUCAAUAAUGCUAAGUUCUGAAUGAAAAUAACAUGUGAGGAGUUGAAGCUGCUAUUGUUUCCAGUAGAUCCCUGUAUAGAGUUUUUUUUUUUUCCCCUUUUCUUUCUGAUUUCAUCCUAAUCUCUUAAAACGUCAGGGACUUUUUAAGGGUGUAAAAUAUGUGUGCUAAACUUGAAAAUCUGACUUGAAUUUGCACUCUUUAAUACUGCAUAUUCUGCUCUAACAGGCAAGACUUAAAGGAGAACUUCCUCUCCGAUAACAGGGCCUGGGACUUCUGAGAAGCUGGUUAUCUGCAGGGUUACCUUGCAGGUGUGGUUGGGGCAGGUCAAUUUUCUUGGAUGAAGGAACUAAACUGAGGAAGUCACCAGAAGUGAGAGCCCUGUCCUCAGCUCAGAACACUGGGGAAGUCAGAGGCUGGUUGCAGUGUCCACGCCUCAGGAAUUCCUGUGGCCUUGUUCUCUUGAUGGGCUGGAUCUUUUGCUGCAUGGAACCUCACGUACUUAACCACUCUCACCAGUCUAAGUUAGUGUCAUUUCAGAACGGGAUCUUAAGACAGGCUGUGUUUAAAAUCAUUGAACACUGAGCUAGUCUUUGAUGAAUCCAUUUCUGGAUCUGACAGUCCAUUGUGCAGGGGCAACCAUAUUUUACAAAGGAAAAGCAAAAAAAACUGUGGGGGGGGGGCGGCCGCGGGGCACAGAAUUCCCUACCUGGAAGGCAGACAAUGAUUUGCAAGAUGAUGGAAAUGCUCCCCGUGACUUCCUCUGACCUGAUGAUAGGAAAUCUUCAAGAAAGGAUUUUCCCCUUGCAAAUAGGAGCUUCAGGGUCAUGGUGCCAAACAUGAUAAACCCUUGUCCAGCUGAGCUGUGACUGCUGUCACGUGUAUCUGAGCCCUGUGUGCACAGAUAAUAUUGUUGGGUCAGUUGAGAGCUGAAGUACUGGGUUGGGGGGUGCGGUCUUCAAGCUUUAAGGAUUUUUAAAGAAUUAGGGCUUUUUUUCCUGUUCUUUUAAGAUGACCCAUCCCCAACUCCACUAGCACGUGGUCGACAGUGGGUUAUAGACUUUUCUGUGGCAAAGUCCAACUCGUUACAGUGUGCUUUAAAAAAAAAAACAAAAAACUUACCUGAAGGAAUUGUGAACUGGAGACCAGGAGAUACACUUAUCAGAACCUAGAAGAUAAAUACUUCUGGGCCAUUGCAACUGACAUUCCUUUUCUGCAAAACCUGGUGGACCUUGGGGAGGGGGGUCCCAUAAUCCUGUAGCUUUGAUAUCAGUUUCCAUUCUCACAAGCACAUACCUAUACUCUUACUGCAGCAGGAAAACCCAUGAUGGAAAAUCUCUCUCACCUAGGCACUGAAACCUGGAAAAUCAUCUUCUUUGGGUAAAAUUUAUUAUGAUGCAACAUGUGCCAACUGGUAUUUCUCACCAUGGUCCUGGCCAGGAACUGCUGCAAAAAGAAACAGCUCUCUCUGCACUGCUUACAUUUUAAUAUUUGGUAUGGAGGUGGGGGGCUGGGAGAAAUUCAUCCUGAUGUUAGAACAUGGAUUUGUUUUUUAAGAUAAUAGAAUAAAGUUAUUUUUAAAUAAA